GUGAGCGCGCUGCUGCCAAGAGCAAAAGCGAAGAACGCAGCAACAACAACAAGAAAUUGCGAGCACACUGGCGAAGGUGAAGGCGACCAAAGCAUCAGCAGCUGAGCAGCGUGCGAGUAACGGUGAGACUGUGGCAGUUACUAAAUCGACGUGCUGUUAAUAACAACGCAGCGCGCGUGUUGCAACAACAGUUGGCAAAUUUAUUUAAGAAAAAACUUUUUAAAUAUAUAUAUUUAUUAGAGUUUAUAACAAAAACAAAGCGUGUUCGUUUACUUAUUCGAAAAUCUUGUUUUUGGAGCUUUCUGCCGCGCGUUUUCUGAUUUUUAUAGUUUUGUUGACUCUUUUGGGCCAAAAACUCAGUGCUCACACGCAAGCCUGGUUUCUAAAUCGGCGGCAUUUAUUCCACUUUAUUUUUGAACACUAAAUUAAUAUUUGCGUUUUUGUUUGGACCCAAUUUUCUUGCCUGAAUCCACAGUGUUUAAUAGCAUCUAAAUCGAUCUACGAAGAGUAGGAUUAAAAACAGGUCCUCAACAGCGACAAUAUGAGUGCGGUCGAUGCGGUCUUGAGCUUUAAACGAAGCCCCGACGAGGACUUCUACGGGAUGCUGAACUGUGAUGAGAAUUCAUCGGUUGAACAAAUCCAGGCUGAGUACAAAGUGUUGGCUCUUCAGUACCAUCCGGAUAAGAAUGACGGAGACAAGGAUGCUGAAGCCAAGUUCCAACGGCUAAAGGAGGCAAAGGAGACACUCUGCGACCCGGAGAAGCGCGCCAACUACGACAAAUGGCGCAACAGUGGCAUCGCGAUGAGCUACAAGAACUGGCUGGGUAUGAAGGAGCACGUCGGACAGGUGAGAAGAUACACAAUCGCCGAGAAAGUGGAUAAGGAGUCCAUGCACUGGGCCACGCCAAAGACCAAGGACCGCAUGCUGCCCGAGGCGGGCGCCACCACAGGCGCUGGCGGCAGCGGCGGACUCUCGGCAGCCUCGCCCAACCCGGCCCAUCGCCGUGCCUCCGAGGGCGGCGCUGCGCUCUACUACGGCAACCGGAAAACCGAAUGGGGCACCGAGAACUCCGAUGUGGCCAACAAGUUUCGCAACUACGAAAUUUAAAUAGACCACAGCAGCAACAACAAUACCAAAAAUAUACACAUAUACAA